CGUCGAUUGUGAAUCAACUCACUUCACUGCCAGAAUAUCGACUUUCCGAAAUUUGCCUCUUGACUGAAGUCGAAGUUUUUGGCUUGUCAGUUUGUGAGAUUUGAAAGCCGGGAGAAGGAACAUCGCCCAAGACCGGUCGCACCUGCCUGCAGCCAAAAAUACGUCAUCCGUGUCUGCUACUUCCAUCUCUAACUUCUCGUCACAACAUUCAUCAUGUCUUCCCCAAGUGGCACGAAGACCAAGGACGUGUUGAAACAAGAAGAUACCUCAAGCCAAGACAAGGCUCCAUCUCCUUCGCGUCAAGACACUCAGCAGAACAUACCUGCCAUUGACAUCAAACCCUCUGGUGACAACGCAAAAGAGAACACGUCCUCGACCAAUGCGCCGCUUGCACCUCCACCUGUUCCGAAUAAGGCCAACGGAGACAACGAUUAUUUCAGCGGAGCACAUAGCGCUGCCCACCUAACCAAGGAACCCAAUCCCUUCGAAAGUGCCUUUGGAGGGUCGACCGAUACCCCCGGCAAGCCUCAACUUCCAGGUGUUAACAGUUUGACAUCGCCAGCCCCUCUGCUCCCUGGAACUACCCCAGCCUGGCCUGGCUCUCUUCGUUCAGGUCCUCUUAGCCCGGCAAUGCUGACCGGCCCUGCAGGGUCGUCCAACGACUACUUCAGCAACGACCACCACUUUGGUGGCAGUUUCCCUACUCCCAACGAGUCCUCUCUUAGGACUGGUCUGACUCCUGGCGGUGGAGGGUCUAUGUUCCCUCAGCCUAGCCCCAACUCUCAAGCAAUCUUCAACGCUAUCCAAAGCGGUGGCGCCACUCCUGGCACCCUCGACUUCCACAGAACCGCUAUGCAAGCCCGCGCAAGCCAGGGCGGAGUCAACGGACAAUUUGCCAUGCCUCAACCACCUACAUCUGCUGCCGCUGAUCCGAACAUUCAGCCCAAUCUCGAUAGCAAGGGCUUCGGUCAGCAGCAACAGAACGAUACAUUUGAGCAACACGAUGCCAAUGACGCAGCUAACGGCCUGUUUAUGCUCGCGCAAGCUAGAGGCGGCAACCGUAACCAGCCUCAGCAAUACCCACCACCCCAGUCGCAGCCCCAAAUGAACUACAUGGGCAACCCUCCACACCUUCCUGGCGGCCUCGGCCAACAAGGCCACGAUGGUCCCGCCAACAUGGCCGCCCGUGCCAACAAGAACUCUAUCGGUAGUAACUUGUCAGGGUCAACACAGAAUGAGCACGGCAACUUCUCCGAUAGUGACGGUGAAGACGUCAAGCCCAGCAGAGGCAAGGGAAAGAAGAACGGCAACAACAAGAACUCGAACAAUGGAAGACGCAAGGCCGAGGACCAGCCCAAGGGCUCCAACAAGCGCCAGAAGACCAGCAUGCCCUCAAUGGAUGAGGAUGAGUCCGACAUGGACGAUAUGGAUAUGGAGAGAGGACCGGACAACAAGAAGAUGACCGAUGAAGAAAAGCGUAAGAAUUUCCUCGAGAGAAACAGAAUUGCUGCGCUCAAGUGUCGUCAACGCAAGAAGCAAUGGCUGGCCAACCUUCAACAGAAGGUUGAGAUCUUCUCGACAGAGAACGACGCACUUGCCGCUACUGUCACUCAACUUCGUGAGGAGAUAGUAGGUCUCAAGACUCUUCUCCUCGCCCACAAAGAAUGCCCUGUCUCACAGGCACAGGGCAUUAGCGGCAUGGCAAUGCAGAACAUUGCUGGCGACCCCCACCAGUUCGCCAACCCCUACGGCAUGCAAAUGUCUCACAUGCAGCAAGGCGUGCCGUCGCAAGCCAACAUGCAGAGAAGGUAAAACUCUCUUUCUUCUUAGACGGCCGCAAAUCAGUGUUAUAGGGGCGUUUAAAAGGCACGACUGCAAGGCAAGACACAGCGCCGGCAGCAUGUAUUUGCUCAGGCAGAAAGUGGGCUCAAGGCGCAAGGCUCUUCUUGGGAGUGCUGGCGCACUUACAUUCCCUUUUACAAGCUAGCUAAUGGCUCCUUCUUCAACUUGUACAUCUUUCAUUGGAGGAGCGAUCUUGCUGCACAAACGGAUUGGCACACUGCGGGUAGGCAGGAGUAGUAUGGGUAGGGCUUUGCUUUUAGUCUUUUAAUCACUGGUUUUUAUCAUACACGAAUAGUACUGUAUUACCGCAAGACUCGUUCAAACAACUAUGUGAUCUCUCCCCUUGAAAGCGUUGUGUAUCUGGGCAAAGGCACAAUAUCUUUGAAACCGGAGUCAUGUAAAGCGAGAGGCUUCAAAUCAAAGACUCUCUACGGGAAACCAGCCAA